AUGUAUAAACUUAGAUUUUUUCUUUCUUGGAUUUUAUUUAAUUAUAUAACUAAUAUAAGUAGUUCAAAUUUUCAUUUUUUAAAAAUAAACGUAUGCCAUAAGAAUAUAAAUCUGAAAAAACGAAUCCUUAAUAACUAUUGUAAUGUCAUAUGUAAAAAGCAUAAGAAUUUGUUAUUUCAAAACAGUACAAAAAUAAAUAAAUUUAGUGGAAAAAGAAAAAAAAAAAUUAUAUUUCAAUUUAUUUUUAACAAUUUAAAAGAUGAUAAACGAAUAAAAUUUUUCAAGAAAUAUCUCUUUCCCGAUUUCUUAGAUAAUAAUGAUUGUCAAAUAAAAAGAAAUGGUAAUUUUGAUAAAAUGAAACUAAGUAAUAAAUCAAGCAACCAACUUAAUAGUACACAAAAAUGUUUAGACGAAAAAUUAGUUCAAUGUAGCUAUGAUAAAUUUAACAACAAUUUAAAAUAUUCAGAAAAUGAUUUAUAUAAUUUAAGAAAUUAUGAAAAAAAAAUAAAUAAAAAAAAUAUUCAUUCUAUUAUAUUAUGUGGAGGUACUGGCAAAAGAACUUCAUUAGCUACACCAAAGCAAUUUUUAAAGUUAAAUGACAUCCCCCUUUUUAUAUAUUCGUUUAACUUAUUUAUAAAAUGUAACUUUGUUAAAACUGUUACCAUUGUGUGCGAUUCAAAAUACUUUAAUUAUGCUAUUGAUAAUAUUAAUAUGUACAAUCCUAUCCUUUUAAAAAAAAAGAUGAAAAAUAAUUUUUUACAUAGUUACCCAAUUGGAAAUGUAGAAAACAAAGAAGCAAAUGACAAAGAUAAAAUAAGCAAUAAGGUUGAUAUUUCCAGUUUCUUAAAAAAAAAUGAAUAUAUUAUAUAUGACAAUGAAAAAAAUAAAUGUAUUUUUGAUAUAGAUGAAUUACUUGAUGAUAUAUUAAGAAAUAGAGAAAAUAUAAAAAAUGAUUUUAAUAUCAGUAAUGAGAUAAAUAAAAAAAAAAAUGAUAAAAUUAAAAUAAAAUUAAAAAAUAUUGAUGUUAAGAGAUAUAAAUUAAUAAGAAUUAUCCAAAGCGGAAAAGAGAGGUUAGAUUCGUUUUUAAAUGCCACUAAAAAAUUAGAUAUUUAUUUAAAUAAUCAAAUAUAUAUUUAUGAAUUAAUAAAGAAUUAUAUGGAAAACAGUGAACAAAGAAACAAUUAUGAAUUUGAAAAUUUAAUAGAAAAGGACAAAAGAAAUAUUUCAAAUGAUAAUGAAAUAAAUAAAAAUAUAGAAAAAAAAAAAAGGUAUAUAACAAAUAUAUUAAUUCAUGAUGGUGCUCGCCCAUUUUUAUCUGAAUUAGAUUUUUUUAAAUUAAUUUAUUAUUCUAGUUUAGGUAAAAAUGCAAUAUUAUGUGUUAAGGCGACAGAUACAGUAAAGUUAAUAAACAAUAAAAAACAAAAUAGUACUUUAUAUUUAAUUAAAAAAACUAUAAAAAGGGAUAGUAUUUUUCAGGCUCAAACACCUCAAAUUUUUGAUAGUAAAACAUUAUUAAGUGUUUUGCCUUUUUUUUUUUCUGACCAAACAAGGAAAAAAAAAAAAAGUAAUUUAAAAAAUAAACAAUUUACUGAUACGUCAUCUUUAUUUCAAUUUUUAACAAAAAAAAAAGUUUAUGCACUGCAAUCUACUUUUCCUAAUUUUAAAAUAACAACUCCGGCAGAUGUAUUUCAAUCUAUUUUUCUUAUGAAAUAUAUUUAUAAUUAUAAAUAUCUAAGUAUAGAUGAAAAUGUAUUUAAAGAAGAAUACAUAAAUUCUAAUUCAAGCAAUAUAUUGAAAAACCAAUUUAAUAACUUUUUUUAUUAUAAUUCAUUAAAUGAAAAACAAAAAAUAUUAUAUCAUAACUUUUAUUACAAGAAAAAAAAUAAAAUAAAAUAA